CAAAAUCCUUUUAUAAACCUGAAAAUUCGUUUCAUUCUUAUGAAAUUAUUUGAAUGUGCAUCGGAGGAGUACAAUAUCUAAGGGACACAUUGAACACAGUCCACAAUGAAAUGGAUCCUCGAGAUCCUCGUCCUUUUACCUUUGAUCACAAUAUCAAACUGUAAUAUUGAGGAACAGCCGAUGCCAAGUAUACUAUGUGACUGUUUUUCUCGAAACAAGUGUGACAUCACUAAGGAGAAGGCAGACGUUAUUCACUUCAAAUGUAUCAACUAUUACCUUGCGCAUACCUACCAAGACAGGUGGUACAAGAAUAUUUCAGGGGAUGCCUUGAACUAUGUAUUGUCGCUCCAAAGAGAGGCUAAUCAAGCUAUUGAAACCGUCGGCAGAAAAAAGCGACAGGCAGAUGGCAAUUUGUUCCAUGGUAUACGUAAGGAGUUGCGCACGCUCAGUCGUGAGGAGAGGACUCGUUUCUACGCAGCAGUAAACAGUCUAAAAAACAACAGAAUUGGUAAUACAAACUCAUACGAAGCGCUCGCAAGUAUUCACAACACCAAUGCUCUAAAUGCGGCUCAUUUUGGUGUUGCGUUUCCAGCUUGGCAUAGAUAUUUUCUAUUUUUAUUUGAACAAGCACUACGACGUUUUGAUCGAACUGUUACCCUGCCUUAUAUCGACACCACAAUGGACAACAGUUUAACUAAUCCAUGGAUGUCCAAUUUAUGGUCUGCUGAGGGUAUUGGUAAUAUUGACGGGGGCCAGGUUAGGGUGGGACCAUUUGCGAACUGGCGAUAUCAAACACAGGACCGACGGUAUGUCCCUCUCACAAGAAAUGGCGGAUCAGGAAGAGACUACUUUCCGGCAGAUUGUUACAGAAACAUAAUACGUGAAAGCAGAAACUCUAGAAUAUUGGAACCAUUGGCUGCUACUAAUCGUAACUUAGAGGCGUGUCAUAAUUAUGCACACGCCACUAUUGGUGGCACGAUGAACGAUAUUGAUGUUUCUCCAAAUGACCCGGUGUUUUACUUGCAUCACUGCUAUGUAGACAAAGUGUGGCAAGAUUUCAGAGACAAUUCAAAAUCUGUUAUAGGUGAUGAUUUCGAAUUUGAUUAUCCAAUUACAUCUGAUGUAUUCCAUCGGCCAAACCGAGCAAUGGGUAAUUUAAAUGAAUUUACAAAUAUCAUGGGGUAUCUCAAAAUUUUCGAUGAAAGAAUAACCCGUUAUGCGCCAUCUCCUGGAGAAAUCACGUGCACACGUAACUCUGACUGUCAAAGUCCUCAAUUUUUGAGAUGCUCAUCUGGACGUUGUAUUCCAAUUUUGCGUAGUUCGUCAUCACCAUUUGGGAGAAGAAAAAAACGUGACGUAGAGUACGAAGAUGACGAGUAUAAAUCUGUUAUGGACAGUUCAUAUCAGAACAGUUUUGUGAUUGAUGGAGAAGCUGAUGUAAGUCAAUGGGCCUUCAUUCCAGUCACUUUGAUGUAUAUCAGACCGAUGGGCCAACAUUUUGAUUGCAAUCCUGUACGAAAUGGUAGUAUAGAUGACAACGAUGAUAUCUAUUCUAACGACAAAUCCUCACAAUUAUGGGAUUAUUUUAAACCAGGAGUAGACAAAAGACGGGUUUCCGAUUCUCAAUCUGGAGCAACCAAGUUUUUCGUACAAUCCGAUGGUAUAUCGUACAAAGGUAGAUACAUAGACUAUGGUAUCAUUGAUACACGGCAGAUGGUAUACGAAACAGUCGCUUAUGUUGGUGUAAAAAAUCCUCGAAGUGGAUCUGCAACAUCUUAUGUGAGUGUUUAUGAUCUUCACGGCCAUGUCUGUCAGCCACGGUGUAUAGACAGAUCGUCCAAAACACUUUUUUAUAAAAAGUGUUCCGGCGUUAUCAAAUUGACGAAAGAAGAACCCCUGAUGUAUGGUGACGACAUUGCCGAAGCAGUCAGGUACAGAUAUACGUACAACUUUGACGGAAACACGCCUACAAGUAAUUAUCGAGAUAUAUUUCUUCAAUUCGUUUGUGAGUAUGGAGCCGAGUAUCCAUGGAAAUACUGUAGUAGUGUUUAA